CCAAAAAGAUGAUUUUGGUCUGUGUUUUGUCAACCUAAAUACAACACUUGGUGAAUCGCAAGUAAGCAAAUACCAAUUUACCAGCCUAUUUGCUUAAGGAAAACAAGUACGCGACAUCUUCCAACUAUUCGACUAUAAAUACUCUGGAUUCGAUAACAUAAAGCACAUCACAGCACUCGAAGAUACCAAUUCAAGAUGCGAUCCCAGCUGGCUUUCUUCCUUGGCUUAGUGGUCCUCAUCGCGACUGGCGAUGCCCAGACCCCUCCUGCAUCGAGCUCUCCGGCAAGUCCUUCGACCCCGCCUUCUUCCUCGCCAGCAUCUCCCACCAGUCCAACCACAUCCCCCGGCUCUUCAACCUCCCCCACUACCACACCCUCCUCCGCCUCCUCCGACGCAACAACCACUGCCUCAAGCACAGCGGACACUACCACCACUGCGCCCACUACAGUGGCUCCCGCCACCACCAAGUCAUCCAGCACGAAGAAGAAGACCGUCACGCACUACAAGCGCAAGAUUCACAGACCUGCCAGGAUCCGCAAGAUCCACCACAAACGUGGAGGCGCGACGGAGGAUCGCAGGCGCAGGAAUUAA